CGACACUUAGCACUCAGAGCGGCACGCGGAUGGCGCGUGGGUCCUGGAAUGUGACCGGGCACAAGUAGUCACAUUACAACCUGAUAGCUGCAGUCGAGCUAUGAGAAAGGUUAUGCAAGAUAUAAUCAAUACGGAACUUGGGGUGACAUAUUUCCCGAACCGAAUUUGGAGAAUCUCUCAGCGUUAUGACCUGCAAAAUACACACCCGCUUAUUAGCUGUAGUGCUUCGGAUUUCGAAUUUGAUGACGGAUUAAGACUUGGCAAAAAAUUAGAGAAAGGAGGUUUCUUGUUGUUGACUUUGAGAACGAUGUAUGGGUUGUAAGUUUGUGCCAUCGUUAAGGC